CCUACUUCACGUUUUUGCGUCUUCAAGUUAUAACCUUUUAUUGAUUUCCUUUCUCACUGUGUAGGAUUCAAAAUGUCAUUUCUUAGGGUUUUCGGUGACAUGCUACACCUGGCGGCGAUUGUCAUACUCCUCCUGAAGAUGUUGCGUCAACGCUCCUCCGCAGGCAUCUCGCUCAAGUCAAUGAUUCUGUUCGCGUUGGUUUUUAUCACACGCUACUUGGAUCUUUUCCUGAGAAUGUAUUCGCUGUAUAAUACAAUAAUGAAAGUUUUCUUUAUCGCCACCUCAUGCCAUAUUUGUUUUCUCAUGAAAUUCAGGAGCCCUUGGAAGGCAACAUACGACAGUGAAAAUGAUACAUUCCGAAUUCGCUAUUUAAUUGUUCCUUGCCUGAUCCUAGCACUACUGAUCCACCCUGGUCCAACAAGGGGAACGUGGAUUGUAGAGGUGCUAUGGGCGUUCUCACAAUAUUUGGAGGCAGUAGCCAUUUUACCUCAAAUUUUUCUUUUGGAAUACACAGAACGUUAUGAAGCCUUGACCUCACACUACUUAUUUUGUCUGGGUGCGUACCGCAUUUUUUACUUAUUACAUUGGAUUGUACGGUACAUUGUGUACAACCGAGUCAAUAUGAUAUCAGUAGUGUCUGGGAUUGUUCAAUCAUUAAUGUAUCUAGACUUCUUUUACCAUUAUAUCACUCAGGUUGCUCGACAUGCGAAGCAACGUUAUGAUUUAGCACACUAAACAGUGAAUUGGGAGAUUAAAAGGGAUUCAACUGGGGUAAAUAUUGUUUAUUUCAACAGUAUACUAUAUAUAUAUAUAUUUAUCAAUACAAUAUAAUCAAUUAUCAACAGAAAAGUAAGAAAAAGGGUAGGAAAGGGGUGGUGUGACUGUACCAAGGAAUCGAUAAGCGUUUUUGUCCGGGCGAAAACACCCCUUGAGGUCGUGCAGCGUAUCAUGAUAGUGUUGAGAAGGAUAAAAGGUGCACCCCUUUCGGUGGGGAAUUGUAGAUGAUAAAAUCCUGUAUGAUUGCAUCUUACCGUACUCGCAGUACUGAGGGACCAUUACAAAAGAAACUGCCACCAUCGGAUGUAAAGCAUUUCUCUCACCGUAGCCAUAAUACCUCGUGUUCCAGCCUCUAGAACGACGUCAAGUACCUCAUCAAAGCUACAGGUGUUGGUAACCGGGCUAAAGGAGAGAUCUACUUCCAGGCAAGUUCCUUGUUAGUGAGCAACCAAAAUACUGAAAGUAGAAUGUAGAUUCGGCAAAUAAAAAAGUGUUUACUUUGAGUAAAAUGAUUGAAAGUUCAUUUUUCCCUGAAUUUAGACUCCAAUAUUUCAUUUUGUUAAAUACAGGUUUCUGUAUCACUGGCGGGUGGUAUAUAUAUUAACGUUGUUGCUGUCAUUCAUACUAUUAUUGUUGUUAUUGCUUUAAGAAUUAUUUAGUAUUUUGAUA